AUGGGUCAGACCUUGUCGGAGCCCGUGGUCGAGAAGGUAUCUGCCGAAGGCGGAGAUGACUGUUGCUGGUAUGGCGUGUCUGCUAUGCAAGGAUGGAGAAUCAGCAUGGAAGAUGCCCACGCCGCUGUGCUCGACCUUCAAGCAAAGUAUGUACGCGAUGACGAUAAACCGACAGAUCCGGCCGAGCGUCUGGCCUUCUUCGGUGUUUACGAUGGCCACGGUGGAGACAAGGUGGCGCUAUUUACUGGGGAGAACCUCCACCAGAUUGUGGCCAAGCAAGAUUCAUUCGCCAAGGGAGAUAUUGAGCAGGCCUUAAAAGAUGGCUUCCUGGCUACUGACAGGGCAAUUUUGGAAGACCCGAAAUACGAGGAAGAAGUCUCUGGUUGCACUGCUUCCACCAGCAUUAUCUCAAAGCACAAGAUCUGGGUGGCCAAUGCCGGUGACUCACGAUCAGUUCUAGGUGUCAAGGGCCGUGCUAAGCCAUUGUCAUUUGACCACAAGCCUCAGAAUGAAGGCGAGAAGGCCCGUAUCAGCGCUGCCGGUGGUUUCGUUGACUUUGGCCGUGUCAAUGGCAACUUGGCCCUGUCUCGUGCCAUUGGUGAUUUCGAGUUCAAGAAGAGCGCCGAGCUGUCUCCCGAGCAGCAGAUCGUCACUGCCUAUCCCGAUGUUACUGUGCAUGACUUGACUGAUGAUGACGAGUUCCUCGUCAUUGCCUGUGACGGUAUCUGGGACUGCCAGUCCUCCCAGGCCGUGGUGGAAUUUGUGCGAAGGGGCAUUGCCGCCAAGCAAGACCUUUUCCGGAUCUGUGAGAACAUGAUGGAUAACUGCCUGGCUUCCAACAGUGAAACUGGCGGCGUGGGAUGUGAUAACAUGACCAUGACUGUCAUCGCAUUGCUCAACGGCAAGACUAAGGAGGAGUGGUAUAACCAAGUUGCAGAGCGGGUUGCAAGCGGAGACGGCCCUUCCGAAUUCCGAGGCCCUGGGAUCCGGAACCAGUUCGAAGAUCAGCCAGAUGACUAUGACUUGGAGAUGGAACGCUCGCGAGCUUUCAGCACUCGUUCCGGCCGGAUUAUUCUACUUGGAGAUGGCACCGAAGUUAUCCCGGAUCAGCACGAGGAAGAGCUAUUUGAUCAAACGGAAGAUCAGGAUCUGGCUAACCAGGUGCACCCUAUCCGGAAUGACCGCGAGGCCACCCCUGGUCCCCAAAGCAAGAAUGAUGGCUCUCAAAUAUCCGAGUCCCCGGCCUCCACUGACAAUAAAGACAAGUCGACAACCUCGUAG